ACAUACAUGGGAAAAAUACAAUUGUCAUAACAAAAUUUUUAAAGAUUUGUGAGUUUUGCUGUUUUAUAAAUUCCAAACCUGGGAGGAAAUAUUUUUUAAAUAUUUAACGAAUUAUAGCGUUAUACCAAUUUUUCUAAAUAUAAUUCACUAUUAAUCUGUUGCUUUGCAAUAUAAUUAAGCAUGGAAGGGAUUUUGGAUACAGACUUUGAAAGCAAUGGUAAAAAUUCAAUAAAUAGAAGUUUGUCUAACUCUACCAAUGAAGAUCAAGAUCAAGAUGGGGAUCCGGAUGAUUCAAUAGAUUUGUUUGAAGAAUCUCGUCAGUCAGACAGAGCUACAAAACGUCUUCAUAGUACUGAUUCGGAACAUGAUAUAAUUGUGAAAAGAGAACGUUUGGACAGUGUGGAUGAAAAAAUUGAUAUAAAUUUAAACAAUAUAGAGGCAAAUCUACAACGUGACAAAGAAAAAGAGCAAAGAAAAAAGGAAUUAAAAUCAAAAAAGGAACUAGAAGAAGAAGAAAGAGAGAAGAUGCAAGUAUUAGUUUCAAAUUUUACUGAAGAACAAUUAGAUCGAUAUGAAAUGUAUAGACGUUCGGCUUUUCCUAAAGCAGCUGUAAAAAGACUAAUGCAGACCAUCACAGGUUGUUCGGUAUCACAGAAUGUAGUUAUAGCCAUGUCAGGCAUUGCAAAAGUUUUUGCCGGAGAAAUAGUUGAAGAAGCUCUGGAUGUCAUGGAAUUAAUGGGGGAUAAUGGAGCACUACAACCAAAACAUCUAAGAGAAGCAGUUAGAAGACUUAGGUUAAGAGGACAAGUACCAAUUGGCAAAAAUAAUAAACAAUUUUUCAAACUAAAUUAAUUUAUAUUUUAAAAAAAUUAAAAAUUUAUUAAAAGAAACACAUACUUGU